AUGAAUUUUCUAUUUCGACAACAACGUACGUUCAAACCUCACCGAAAUAUACCAGAAGGUACUAAACAACAUGAUUUGAUGAGACAUGCUCAAAAUACUCUUGGAAGUGGAAACCUACGCCUUGCUGUUCAAUUACCAGAUGGAGAAGACCUUAACGAAUGGAUUGCUGUUAACAUUGUGGAUUUUUUCAAUCAAAUCAACAUGCUCUACGGUACAAUCACCGAAUUCUGCACGGAAACAACAUGUGUCUUAAUGACAGCUGGACCCAAGUAUGAAUAUCAUUGGGCCGAUGGUCAAACGAUUAAAAAGCCUAUUAAAUGUUCAGCACCACGUUACAUUGAUUAUUUAAUGUCUUGGGUGCAAGAUCAACUCGAUGAGGAAAGUCUUUUUCCAUCGAAAAUCGGUGUGCCAUUUCCCAAAAAUUUCCUCUCCAUUGCCAAAACAAUCUUAAAACGCUUAUUCCGUGUCUAUGCUCACAUAUACCAUCAACACUUCAAAGAAGUUGUUAUGCUCAAAGAAGAAGCACAUUUAAAUACAUCAUUUAAACAUUUCGUUUAUUUCAUUCAAGAAUUUUCCUUAGUCGAAAAAAAAGAAUUAGCACCUUUACAAGAAUUAAUCGAUCGGUUAACAACUAAAGAUCAUUAG